CCGAAGACAACCUUCCCGUAGUAUACAAUCUUUGAUAAGAGUUUCUCAAUAUAAAAACCUUGAGCUUGGACCUGAUUGUUGAGUAGAGAGAAAGCGCUGGUUCGCGAUAUUAGUACACCUAGUUAGUACCGUACAGCGUCAUCGUAAGCCAUGAGAAAUACCCUUCUGUCCGUUUGCGCCCUCAUACUCUUGGCAGGGUCUAUUGAAGCCCAAGUGGUCAACGUUUGCUAUGGCGCUCAGGACGGCCUUUUCAUCCCAGACUAUACCAAUUGUUCGAAUUACUAUGCCUGCGUAAAUCAGAUCGGCUACUUGCAAACUUGUCCAUCUGGCUAUUCCUUUGACAGCAAGGCUCAGGCUUGCAAUUACGCCACUGUGGUAACCUGCUCAACUUGCCCAAGUCCCGCAAGUGGUUUACAAUUUAUAGCUGUUCCAAAUGUUUGUGAUAAAUAUGUUAUUUGCGCUGGUGGUUCGGCAUUCAUGCAAACAUGCAUGGAUGGUCUGGAAUAUAACAACGAGACGACACAAUGUGACUUUUCUAGAAAUGUUAAGUGUAACCCACCACCAGCAUCAUGUCCAUCAAGUACCAGCGACGUGUUGACUUUUGUUCCAAAUGGCGGAGAAUGCACCAGAUACACAAUUUGCUACAAAGGAACUGGCUACAUUCAGCAAUGUUCUAGCGGACUCGUCUUCAGUCCAACCCAAAAUGCCUGCGUUCUUGCGUCAUCAUACACAUGCCCCACAUCCACUUCUAGCACAGCUGCAUCACGAAAUAACAGCCCUUUCAUUAGACCUGCACUUGAAGAAAUUGAGCUGAAUCCUUCUGCAGGAUGCCCAGCUGCCGGGACGAAAUUCCUACCCCAUGUUCGCAGCUGUUCCAAGUACAUCUUCUGCGUAAACGGAAAGGCUGCUCUGCUAACGUGUGCCAGUGGACUGCAUUUCGAUAGGAACGCCGAGGCUUGCCGACCAGUUAAAGAUGCCAAUUGUCAAGUGGCUUAAUAAAUUUGAUAAAGGAGACGAAUACGAUUUACCCAGACUGUGAAGUAGGAAGAGUUUUCUGCAUAAAUUUAAAACUAUCUAAUAAAUGUUGGCAAUUGGAAUCCUCUAAUAGUUUAAUAAAAACGUAU